UUACUUCACCUCACAACUAGAGGACUCAACACUAAACACACACUGGAGAUGCUGUGCCCUCGUGGACUCCAGUCUGCCUUCAGUCCAUUCGUGGACUCGUACUGGCCUGUACGCAGUCAGUGGCCAGAGGUCAAACCUCCGCUCUACCAGCAGGAUCUACUGCAGAUGAGCCUACAGGAGCUCCACAGCAGCCUGGAGCUGAUGGAAAAACUUCAACACAAGAUCGCCGCCCUGGGACCAGUGUCUUACCAGCUGCAGAAAGAUGGAGAGCACUUUGGCCUGACCCUGGAAACUCAAGGCUUUUCUCCAGAGGAGCUGUCUGUCAGGCAGGAGGGAAGGAGGCUGAGAGUCAGCGGGAAGACAGAGAAGAAGCAGGAGGACGAGAAAGGCUGCUGCUCUUACAGACACCAGGAGUUCACACAGGAGUUUGAUCUGCCUGAAGGCCUGAACCUUGAGGAGGCCACCUGCUGCCUGCAUGCAGACGGGAAGCUCCACAUCCAGGCAGCCGGAGCUCCCUGUGUGGAGGAGGCUGAGAGAGAGCUGACUAUGGCGAGGUGCUUGCAGAGUGUGUGUACACACACAGAAGGUGGCAGCACAGAGACACACAACAGAACACAGGACAUGGACAGCACACUGUGUUUAGGUGACACCCCUAAAAACAUUGUUUGA